UCAAAUUACUUCACUGUGCUUUUACAAAUUAAUUAAUGAAAAAUGCAUACCUUCAGCUUAUGCAUUAAAUACGUUAAUACAGUCAAUUUUUAGUUGACAGUUUGAUGAUGUCACUCGCAGUGCUUCUCUAACAGCCAAUCAGAAGCUUCGGUGACACGCGCUCGUUUGUCGGAUGGUUGUGUUUGUUAUGUGUUUAUAAAGCUUUGCAUAUCUUAACCAAAUUCGCUCUUAUAAACUGGUCAGUAUUGGUGAUAAAUAUUGGGUUUUGUGGAUUCAUUAAUGUGAUACUCGAGCUCACUCUCGUGGCCGCGCCGCUGUAUGGUGUGGUUGAUUUGGAAAGGUGCUAACUUUAGCAUGCUAGCACUGAAUUUAUAACCCCACCCGACCAAGACACGCCUCGUCCGAAGACAUGAAUGUUUUUGUAACUUCAAAUAACAAAUUACAAACUAAAUACAUUAAAGUCUUCUGGAAGCAUGUACAAACCUGUCCAAAUAAAGAGAGCAACCAUGGUAUCGUCUUUCAGACCCUUUGCCUGCCGGAGCUGUUUCCAUCGAGUAAAAGCUGAACCGAUGUUAGUUACAGGUUUUCCUCUUUCAUGAUUUUUUCCUCACUGCUUUUUCAAAAACUGACUUUCGUUUGGUUGAUUUACUAGUUAUCGGUUCCGCAGGAAAGUUUGAUUGUUGCGGUUUGUUCGCCAUUCUCCCUACAUUGACACGGCUGACAUGAGCGUGCGAGAAUGACAUAUGAUGUCUGCGUGAACAGGGUGCACAGUGGUAUGCAAAAUACGUUGGCUGAAAAUGCGCAGAUCACCAGUCACAGCGUUCGGCCAGAAUGUUUUGAUUGGGCAAAGGUUUUUGGGUCCUACACCUUUCACAAGCGAUAUAUAAUUAUACAAAUAUUAUUUGACCACUAUACUUGGACUUGAUUCCUAUAGGAUGUUAAGAGAUUUCCAACCAACAUGACAAAAAAAAUUCUGGACAGGACCACCCAUCUUGCCUUUAACUACGAACUUAAACAUGAGCUCAUUGUUUAUCAUAACAAUGAGCUACCCAGUGUCCUUGGCUAAAUAAAAAAAUUCUACAAAAGUGUGUGCUGUGUAAUUCUUAGUGUUAUAACAUAUUUGAUGUGUGUGCAGGUGUUCAAGAGCUCACGCUCAUACGUGAGGCCCAUAGCCCAUAUUAUUUCAGAAGAAUACAUGAAACCUAUAAGUGACUAAAUUUAUCAUUUUAAAUAAGAAACUCAAUACUAUGAUAGAAAAAAACACCAUAAUAUCUACAGAGAUACUUUCAGAAAAGAGACGUUGGAGAGGAAGAAAACCUAAAAAUCACCCCCGAGAAGGAUGCUUUGAUUUGGAUCCCAUAUGUGAGUAACAUUAGUUUUCUGUUUGUUAGAACCAAGAUAUGUUGUUGUUGUGAUAUAAGUUAUGUGACGGGGCAGUUUUUUAUCUGGAUUAAAUCUCCAAACAUCUUAGAAAUGAGAGUUUUACAUCCAAUCUAAAUCAUAAACACCUUAUAGACGUCUUCUAAAGGUCGAAAUGACAUCGGACGUCUCCGAGACGUAUUGCAGAUGAGCAAACAAUGUCUUUCAGAUGUAAAUGCAGACAUCACAUACACGUCUGCCAGGUGUAGUGUGCUCAGGGAUAUGAUUUACUCAGAUUUAGUGAACUUGAUCAACCGGUUUACUGAAAAGAUUCCGUUUGGAUGAAUGAUUCCUUGAUUCAACUGAAAGCUCGUGUCAGUGCAGUGCUGCUUGCGUGCCAGUCAUUUAAUUUGAGUAACUUACACCUCAGACGAAUACAGUCUCUUACGUCUUUGUCAACAAAUCCAUUGUCUUCGGUCCUGUUCAGCUUUUCACAAGAGAGAGAGGAGGAGUAAAAAGAUGAAACUCACAAACUAGAGCUGUGGCCGGUGUUUCCUGCGUCAUUUCAAUUCUGUGUUUGACAAAAACAGAUCUGAGAUCAUUGAUGAGAACGCGGCCUGUAAAAUGAGUUCUAGUGAGGAGAGAGAGGAGGCGUUCAGUCGUGUGUCUGUGAGCAGUGAUGAAUCCAUGGACGAACCCCCCAGACUCUGUCAACCUGCGCUGAACUUUAACCCCAGUCUGGGAGAAUGUGAGACUCCGAGAGCAUCUCAAGAGCCCAGCUGUGUUUCUGUGAAGAGUCACCAGUCCAUGGAUCUCCCCCUUAAAUUCAGUGAAAGAGCCGUGACCUUUAACCCCUGUGAGGCUGAAGAUGAUCAGAAUGUAUGCGUGCCUCAGGAUUGUCAUGAUGAAUCAGUUGAUGAUGUUCUUCAGAGAGUCAAAGACAAACACAAAAGCAUCAUGAAGAACAAGUAUGAGAGUUUAUUUGAGGGAAUCAAAGCACAAGAGAAUCAAACGCUCCUGAAGAGAAUUUACACACAGCUGUACAUCAUAGAGGGAGAGAGUGAAGGAGUGAAUGAAGAACAUGAGGUUUUACACAUGGAGAAAAAGCCCAGAAGAACACAAGACUUACAAGACACUCCAAUCUACUGCAAUGACAUCUUUAAACCUCAAUCACAUCAAAGAGACAAAAUCAAGAGUGUUCUUACUAAAGGCAUCGCUGGAAUUGGAAAAACAGUCUCUGUGCACAAGUUCAUUCUGGAUUGGGCCGAGGGAACAGCCAAUCAGGACGUAGAUUUCAUGUUCCUGCUUCCGUUUCGAGAGCUGAACUUGAUUCGAGAGCAUCGCUACAGUCUUCACAAACUUCUGCUGGACUUUCAUCCUGAACUUCAAGAUGUGGACUCAAAGAUUUAUGAGGAGUGUAAAGUUGUGUUCAUCUUUGAUGGUCUGGAUGAAAGCAGAAUGACUCUGAUGUUUUCAGACAGUGAGAAAGUUUCUGAUGUGACUGACACUUCAUCAGUGGCUGUGUUGAUGUCAAACCUCAUGAAAGGAGAUCUGCUUCCCUCUGCUCUCAUCUGGAUCACCUCCAGACCAGCAGCAGCCAAUCAGAUCCCCUCCAAAUACAUCACGCGUGUAACAGAAAUCCAGGGAUUCAACGACGCUCAGAAGGAGGAAUAUUUCAGGAAGAGAAUCAGCGACGAGCAUCAAGCCAGCAGAAUCAUGUCACACAUUAGAAGAGCGAGAAGCCUCCACAUCAUGUGUCACAUACCAGUCUUCUGUUGGAUAUCGUCCACUGUGCUUCAGAAUAUCCUGACACAAGAUCACAGUGAAGAAAUCCCCAAAACUCUGAGUGAAAUGUACAUCCACUUCCUGCUGAUUCAGAUGAAGAUGAAGAAUGAGAAGUAUGAUCCAGAGAGAGAUCCAGAGAUCAACAGAGAAGUGAUUGUGAAACUGGCUGAAGUGGCUUUCAAACAGCUGAUGAAGGGCAAUGUGAUGUUCUAUGAGGAGGAUCUGAGAGAGUGUGGGAUAGACAUCACUGACGCCUCGCUGUAUUCUGGCAUCUGUACUGAGAUCUUUAAGGAGGAAUCUGUCAUUCAUCAGAGGAAGAUCUACAGCUUCAUACAUCUCACCGUUCAAGAGUUCCUCGCUGCGUUCUUCUUAUUUUACUCGCAUGCAGUCAAUGAUGAGCAGUUGUUUUGGUAUAAAAAGAAUGAUGACUGUGAGGGGGGCAGUCUGGAGGAAAUCUCACCCUGUGAGUCACUAAUAAGAGGUGCUAUAGAUGAAGCACUCGAGAGUAAAUCUGGUCAUCUGGAUCUUCUCUUGAGAUUUCUUCUGGGCAUCUCACUGGAGUCCAAUCAGAGACUCUUACAGGAUCUACUGACACACACUGUGGACACAUCACAAACCAUCAAGAACACCACACAGCACAUCAAAGAGAAAAUUAAGCUGGAAAAUCUAUCAUCUGAAAGGUCCAUCAAUCUGUUCUUGUGUCUGUCUGAAGUGAAUGAUCAGACUCUGUACAGAGAGAUUGAGGAGUUUGUGAGAUCAGACAAACACUCAGAGAAGAAACUCUCUGCUGCUCACUGUUCAGCAAUAGCCUACAUGCUUCAGAUGUCAGAGGAGGUGAUGGAUGAGUUUGAUCCGAAGAAAUACAACACAACACAGGAGGGCAGAAGAAGACUCGUACCAGCUGUCAACAACUGCACAAGAGCUCUGCUUUCAGGCUGUAAUCUCAAUGUUGAGUCCUGUAAAAUCAUCUCUUCAGCUCUUCAGUCCUCUGAGUGUCCUCUGAGAGAGCUUGAUGUGAGUAACAAUGAUCUUCAGGAUUCAGGAGUGAAGCUGAUCUAUGAUGCUCUCAAGAAAACAAACUGUCAUCUACAGAUACUGAGGUUAGCAGGCUGUAGUCUGACAGCUGACUGUUGUGAGAGUUUGUCUUCAGCUCUUCAGUCCUCUAAGUGUCCUCUGAGAGAUCUUGAUGUGAGUAACAAUGAUCUUCAGGAUUCAGGAGUGAAGCUGAUCUCUGAUGCUCUCAAGAACACAAACUGUCAUCUACAGAUACUGAGAUUGUCCAUGUGUAGUCUGACAGCUGAGUGUUGUGAGAGUUUGUCUUCAGCUCUUCAGUCCUCUGAGUGUCCUCUGAGAGAUCUUGAUGUGAGUAACAAUGAUCUUCAGGAUUCAGGAGUGAAGCUGAUCUCUGAUGCUCUCAAGAACACAAACUGUCAUCUACAGAUACUGAGGUUAUCAGGUUGUAUGGUGACAGAUGAAGGAUGUUGUUAUUUGGCUUCAGCUCUGAGUUCAAACCCGUCACACCUGAGAGAACUCGACCUGAGCUACAAUCACCCACAACACUCAACACUUCAGCUGCUCGCUUAUCAAGAUGAUCCAAACUACACACUCAACAAACUCAAUGUGAAAGACGGGAGUGAGUUCAUGAUGAAGGCAGGACUUCAAAAAUAUGCGCGUGAUCUCACGCUGGAUCCAAACACAGCAAACCCUCAUCUCAUGCUGUCUGAAGAGAACAGAAAGGUGACGUAUGUGAUCGAGAAGCAGCCGUAUCCUUAUCAUCCAGACAGAUUUAAGGGCUUCAAGCAAGUGUUGUGUGGAGAGAGUCUGAGCGGACGCUGUUACUGGGAGGCUGAAUUCACCUGGAAAGCUGACAUAUUUGUGACGUAUAAAAGCAUCGGAAGGAAGGAGAGAAGCGGUGAAUGUGAAUGUGGGAUCAACGUGAACUCCUGGAGUCUGUACUGCUCUGAUGGAGGAUUCACUGCCUCUCACAAUAAUAAAAUAACAGACGUGUGUGUUCCUUCACCUCUCUCUAAUCGAGUCGGGGUGUAUGUGGACGGUCCGGCCGGCACUGUGUCCUUCUACAGCGUCUCUGACACACACACACUCACACACUUACACACAUUCAACACAACAUUCACUGAAGCGCUAUACGCUGGCUUUAGAGUUUACGACUCUGUGUUACUCUGUUAGCCUCUCUUCACACUUACAGUAUGUGCGCUUUAUUAAAACAUCUUGUGUUUAUUUGGAAACUGACCUUGGAGAAGCGCAGAAAAAAAUAAGGAACGAUUCUUUGUGUUUUAUUCACAAGUACAUUAAGACACUGAAAUUGUAUUUUGCUUUGUAAAUGUAUUUUCUUUUAGGAUCACAUGUGUGGAUCUGAGAGAGAUGUGUGUUAUUAUGAUGAUCUAUAGUUUGGUAUAUAGUCUCUCAGCCUUUGCUUGUGUGUCCUGAUGCUCACGUCUCUUUGGACUGUUACUUGUAGAUAUUCUGCAGUUUUUUUCAUUAUUUCUCUCUCUGUGUACAUUGUUCAGCACUAAACUCUUUGCUUAUUUGUACCUUCAUCAUGCUUAAUGUCCUUAUGUUGUUUUAAAAGAGCCAGUCUUUUGCUGUUUUAAAGGCUUUGAUGAUGUUUUUUGGGUGUUAAACAAUAGAUGUUCAUGUUUCUACUUUCUACUGAAAAUCGCUUUAUAUGUCACAUAUUUCAAGUCUAUUGUUCACCGCUGUCCCUCUUCUCACAAAACGACUGGAUUUCUUCCGGUCUAUAUAAUGUCCCUCCUUUCCAAACGCUCUGAUAGGUAAAGCUGACCAGGUCUGUUGUGAUUGGUGUGUGAGAAGAUGUCCCGCCCAUACCAUAUCAGCGAGCUUCCGCUUCUCAGGCUGUUGUGAUUGGUCAGUCCUGCUCUCAGUUUCAUAAACUUUGGCUUUGAGCAAUAAACGAUAACAAUGGCGUAAACUUCACUUCUUCAGUUAAAAACAUGUGGCUCAAUCGAGGUGUAACGGAGGUCUGCUAGUGCAUACACAAACGUCAAUCUUUGUGAAAACACAUCUCUUCCAUCAGCACCUGACCGAUCAUUUCUGAUUUCUAUAUCUUUUCUACAAUAUCCAAUAAAAAGGGAAAAAAAGCAUGCUUAGAUAAACUAAACUUGGCUCUGUACACUGUAGUAGACAUGUUUUUAUUGCUCAUACAUUUUGUUGUCCUAAUGUUUGACCCAAUUGCUUCCAUUGUUUACCCAACUUGUACGUCGCUUUGGAUAUAAGUGUCUGGUAAAUUACUAAAUGUAAAUGCUUAAUGUGUUUAAACUAGUUGCGGUGUUUGGUACUUUUUUAUAUCACACAAAUAAUGAGCAUUUACUGUAUUUAACAUCAUUUAAAUUAAACUUCAUUGAA